AACUUUGUUUUGAUAUAAUAAUUAAUCGAUAGAAAUAAAUUAUAAUAAUAGUAUAUUGCAUUUGAAUUGAAAAGAACAAAACCCUGAUAAGAGAAAAAAUGGAAAAGGAAGAAGAAGAUCGUAGAAGAGAAGCAGCAAUUUCAUCAUCACCUUGUUUACAACCCAAUUUCAAUCCUAAAGGCGUUACUAAAGAUCAACUCUCCAAGUUUCGUGAACUGCAUAGGAAGCGCUUACAAUUAAAGUCUAAAUCAAAGUUUAAGACAAAACCCAAAGAUGAGUCAAAGAGGAAGGCACAAGGAAAUGAUCCAUAUAGAAAUAAGAGUGGAGCUCAAGGAUUCAAAGUUGAUAACAAAGAACAAAUCAUCUUGAAUAAUCUCGAAAGCUUUGAUUCGAGAAAUGAAGACUCGAAGAGUAGUGCAUCUGUUCCUUCUACAUCAAAGAAGCAAAAAUUGCAUUGGGGGCUUGAUACCAAGGAGAGGUGGGAGAGGAAAUCCAACAUGUAGAUAUCACCAUGAAUCUGAAAUGAGAAACCCAUCAAGUUUUGUCAAAAUAUUUUGUAAAGUAGUGUUAUUGAGGAUAGUCAUGGAAGUGCUCAAAAAUGUUGUGGCACUUGCACAUGCUCUAUAUGAUAAUUGAGCAUUAGCUAUCAACUUGUUGGGGCUUAAGUUGAGAUGUAUAAUCAUGAUUCUCAAUAACUUUGCUGUGUUUAUUAUACUAGCAAAUAUAACGAGUUAAAUAA